UACAUCACGCAUUAUUGGUCUUCAACUCGUUCAAAAUCCCACUGCCUCACUCUCUCUCUAAAAUCAAUGGCUUCCACUGCCAUAAAUCUCACUCUCUGUCUCUCUUUGCUCCUCCUCACCCAAAUCUACGCCGACCAGACGGCUAAAACUUACAUCAUCCGAGUCGACAGCUCAUCGAAGCCGUCCGUUUUUCCAACUCACUACCAUUGGUACACAGCGGAGUUCACUGAACCCGCAGCCAUUCUCCACGUAUACGACACCGUUUUCCACGGCUUCUCCGCCGUGCUGACUCACUUCCAGGCCUCCUCCGUCCUCAAGCACCCCUCCGUCCUCUCCGCAUUCGAGGACAAGCGCCGCCACCUCCACACAACGCGCUCGCCGCAGUUCGUCGGCCUCCGGAACCAGCGCGGACUGUGGUCGGAGUCCGAUUACGGCUCGGAUGUGAUAAUUGGGGUUUUCGACACCGGAAUUUGGCCGGAGAGGAGGAGCUUCUCCGAUCUGAACCUAGGCCCCGUGCCGAAGCGGUGGAGAGGCACGUGCCAAGCUGGUGUGAGGUUUAACCGGAGGAAUUGCAAUCGGAAAAUCGUCGGAGCUAGGUUUUUUGACAAAGGUCACCAAGCGGCGUCCGGAUUUGGGGGAUUUGUCGGUGGAAUCAACGAGACGGUCGAAUUCAGGUCGCCGAGAGACGCCGACGGCCAUGGAACGCACACCGCCUCCACCGCGGCGGGGAGAUAUGCUUUCAAAGCGAGUAUGGAGGGUUACGCCGCCGGAAUCGCGAAAGGAGUCGCGCCGAAGGCGCGCCUCGCUGUCUACAAGGUGUGCUGGAAGGAGGCGGGAUGCUUCGAUUCCGAUAUCCUUGCAGCGUUCGACGCCGCUGUGAACGACGGCGUGGAUGUAAUUUCAAUCUCAAUCGGCGGCGGCGAGGGGAUAUCCUCCCCUUAUUAUCUGGAUCCAAUCGCAAUUGGAGCAUACGGCGCCGUUUCAAGGGGCAUUUUCGUCUCUUCCUCAGCUGGAAACGAGGGCCCUAACGGAAUGUCGGUGACUAACCUCGCCCCCUGGCUUACCACCGUCGGCGCCGGUACAAUUGAUCGUGAUUUCCCCGCUGACGUCAUCCUCAGCGAUGGGAGAAAAUUCUCUGGUGUUUCUCUCUACUCCGGUGUGCCGCUCAACGGCAAAAUGCAUCCAUUAAUUUACCCUGGUAAAUCAGGAGUGCUCUCUGCUUCACUUUGCAUGGAAAAUUCACUCGAUCCAAUCGAAGUUAGGGGGAAAAUCGUCAUCUGCGACCGCGGCAGCAACCCUCGCGUGGCCAAGGGGUUGGUCGUUAAGAAGGCCGGCGGCGUCGGAAUGAUUCUCACCAACGGAGUAUCCAACGGUGAGGGUUUAGUCGGCGACGCCCAUUUAAUCCCGGCUUGCGCCGUGGGCUCCACCGAGGGCGACGAGAUUAAGACUUACUUAGCUUCGAAUCCAGCGGCCACCGCCACGAUCAGCUUCCGUGGCACGGUCAUCGGAAUCAAGCCGGCUCCGGUUGUGGCCUCGUUUUCGUCCCGUGGGCCGAACGGGCUGAACCCGGAGAUUCUCAAGCCCGAUUUGAUCGCCCCAGGAGUGAACAUUCUCGCGGCCUGGACCGACGCCGUCGGCCCAACCGGGCUGGACUCCGACAACCGGAGGUCCGAGUUCAACAUCCUCUCGGGGACCUCCAUGUCUUGCCCUCAUGUGAGCGGUGCAGCGGCCUUGCUGAAAUCGGCCCACCCUGAUUGGAGUCCGGCCGCCAUCCGGUCAGCAAUGAUGACAACGGCGAGUUUGACUGACAACUCCGGCAACCCAAUGCUCGAUGAAUCGAGCAAUAAACACGCCACGCCCUACGACUUUGGUGCUGGCCAUAUGAAUCUUGAUCGGGCUAUGGAUCCCGGAUUGGUGUACGAUAUGACAAAUGAGGAUUACGUCAAUUUCUUGUGUGCGAUCGAGUAUGGGCCGAAGACGAUUCAGGUGAUCACCCGGACGCCGGUGAAUUGUCCGAUGAGGAAGCCGUCGCCCGGGAAUCUGAACUACCCCUCAAUCGCGGCUCUGUUCCCGAGCGGGGAGAGUGGGGUUUCGAGCAAGACGUUCUUUAGAAUGGUGACGAAUGUUGGGGAGGAGGCGAACGCGGUGUAUAGAGUUAAAAUCGAGCCUCCGAAGGGCGUUAGGGUUAGCGUGAAGCCAUGGAAGCUUGUGUUUUCGGAGACGGUGAAGAAGCUAGGUUACUAUGUUACUGUAACUAUUGAUAGCAAGAAUUUGGUGUUGGAUGAUUCGGGUGCUGUGUUUGGGGCUCUUUCUUGGAUGGAUGGGAAGCAUGUGGUGAGAAGCCCCAUUGUUGUCACUCAAAUCGAACCUUUGUGAAAUCAAAAUUAUGGGAUUUCACUCUUGUGAGAAAUCUUGAUCAUAGGCAUGAUCUUUGAAGGUGGAAUUUCACUCUUGUAAGAAAGGGGGAGGUGGUUGGUUUUAGUGUGAUGUUUUAAUAUUUGCCUGUAAAUUUUGUUUUUGGUUUUUUGAACUUAAGAAGUUGUUUGAGUUGAUUAGAAUGUGUGAUGUGAUUAUAGAUGAUAUGUUUUGUUUUGGGAUCA